GGGGACCAUUCGCUGCCACAGACCAGCCACCAGCCCUCCCGCCACUCCUGCUGGGUCAUGGGAGCCCCAAGUCACGCCAGCACCUGGGGCAGGGCCCUCUGGGCUGUCCUCCUGACCACACUUGGCUCUGUGGCCAGCCAGCCGCUGGGGGGAGAGUCUGUCUGCACAGCCCGGCCCCUGGCCAAGUACAGCAUCACCUUCACGGGCAAGUGGAGCCAGACAGCAUUCCCCAAGCAGUACCCCCUGUUUCGGCCCCCCGCACAGUGGUCCUCCCUGCUGGGGGCCGCGCACAGCUCCGACUACAGCUUGUGGAGGAAGAACCAGUACGUCAGCGACGGGCUUAGGGACUUUGCGGAGCGGGGCGAGGCCUGGUCCCUGAUGCGGGAGAUGGAGGCGGCGGGAGAAAAGCUGCAGAGCGUGCACGAGGUGUUCUCGGCGCCCGCCGUGCCCAGCGGCACCGGACAGACGUCCGCGGAGCUGGAGGCCCACUCGCGACACUCACUGGUGUCCUUCGUGGUCCGCAUCGUUCCCAGCCCGGACUGGUUUGUGGGCGUGGACAGUCUGGACCUAUGCGACGGGGACCGCUGGAGGGAGCAGGUUGCUGUGGACCUUUACCCGUACGACGCGGGAACCGACAGCGGCUUUACCUUCUCCUCCCCCAACUUCGCGACCAUCCCGCAGGACACGGUGACGGAGAUAACCUCCUCCUCUCCCAGCCACCCUGCAAACUCCUUCUACUACCCCCGGCUGAAGUCCCUGCCCCCCAUCGCCAGAGUGACCUUGGUGCGACUCCGGCAUAACCCCAGGGCCUUCGUCCCGCCCGCCCCAGGCCCCGUAGGCGCUGGCGGGAGCAAUGAGAUCGUGGACAGCGUCUCAGUUGCAGAAACGCCGCUGGACUGCGAGGUCUCCCUGUGGUCAUCCUGGGGGCUGUGUGCAGGUCCAUGCGGGAAGCUGGGAGCCAAGAGCAGGACUCGCUACAUCCGCGUGCAGCCUGCCAACCACGGGGCACCCUGCCCCGAGCUCGAAGAGGAGGCCGAGUGCGUCCCUGACAACUGUGUCUGAGACCAGAGCCCUGCAGGCCCUCCACCCCUCGUGGUGGCUGAGCCUGGUGGUUCAGUGGACCAUGUGGGGCUCUGUCCACCACGUCUCUGAGCUCCGGUGCUGACCAAGCCCCCCACACAGAUGGGUCUCCAGUGGCUGGAUGGAGCAGGACUCCGGGGGAGGCAUCUCCUUUCAACAAGCUCUCCCCUCGGGCACCCAGUCCUGGGACCUACUCUUCUGGGGGAGUUCAGCCCUGAGGUUACAUUGAGCUCCACUCUACUUCCUGCUGGUCGGAGGUCGUCUUGCGUGCGGACUGCGUGUCCACAGGGCCACAGCAUCCAUCUACAGGAGAGCUGCACACCCAGCCCCAGGAGCCCCAGGCUACCACGGAUAUGAAAUACCUUGGACCUGCUGUCCCUGGGGGCACCAGCGCCCACAGGCCGAGACUAUCCCGGACAGGUCAUGUAGGUCAAGUGGGUAAAGGAGAACAGGCUCCGACAACUCGCCUUGGCAUUGUCACAUGACCCAUCUCCUUUCACUUGAAUAAAGACUGUUUCCUGACA